GUGGAAGUUGAUCGUUGAAUGGGUAGCCUCAAGCUAGGAGUGGAUGUAGUGGGUGCUCAUGAUCUUAUGCCAAAAGAUGGGCAGGGCUCAGCCAAUGCUUUUGUUGAGCUUCACUUUGACAAUCAAAGAGUUCGUACCACCACUAAGGAGAAGGAUCUCAAUCCUAUUUGGGAUGAGAGCUUCUACUUCAACAUAUCAGAUCCACAAAAUCUGUCCAGACUUUCUCUAGAGGCCUUUGUCUUUUGUUAUAACAGAGCCAGCAACAGCCCGAAGCCUUCCUGUCUCGGAAAAGUUCGUCUAACUGGGACCUCGUUUGUCUCGUAUGCUGAGGCUGUUCUUUGUCAUUAUCCUCUCGAAAAACGAGGCAUUUUCUCGCGAACUAAAGGAGAGCUUGGCCUUAAGGUCUAUGUAACUGAUGAUCCUUCUAAAAAGCUUUCGAAUUUACUUCCUGCAGUGGAAUCUUCUGUAGAAAAGAAUCCUUUUCUGGUUCCAAUUGCAUCUGAACACCAAUCAACGACACAGAAAGUUCCAAACUUCGUAGCGAGUCUGUUUUCAAGCGAUAAAACUGGAUCGAGACAGACAUUCCAUCACCUUCCCAAUGCAAAGCAGCCUACCCUGGAGCAACAGCAACAGCAGCAGCAGCAGAUUGUACCACCAGCUGUGACCUAUGGAGGAUAUGGUAUGAGACCUGAGCCAAUGGUUGCAAAUACUGUUCAGGCAUACCCAGGAUCAUCAUUUAAAUAUAAUGAUUAUUCAAUUAGAGAGACAAGUCCUUACCUUGGUGGUGGGAUGGUUGGUCGAGGUCGUGUCGCUCUUGGUAACAGACCUGCAAGUUCACAUGAACUUGUAGAAAAGAUGCAAUAUCUUUUCGUACGAGUCGUGAAAGCCCGUGAUCUUCCUUCCAAGGAUUUGACUGGAGGUUUAGAUCCUUAUGUUGAAGUGAAACUUGGGAACUUCAAGGGAACUACGAAGCAUUUUGAAAAAAAUUCAAAUCCUGAAUGGAAUGAGGUAUUUGCCUUCACAGGGAUGACUGUGCAAUCAACAGUGCUCGAAGUUACUCUUAAAGACAAAGAUACCUUAAAAGAUGAUUAUGUUGGGCGUUUGUACUUUGAUCUUCAUGAAGUUCCUACUCGAGUUCCACCCGAAAGUCCAUUGGCUGCAGAAUGGUAUCGCCUCGAAGACAAGAGUAGAUCGAAGAAAAAGGGAGAACUAAUGCUUGCUGUAUGGCAUGGCACGCAAGCUGAUGAGGCUUUUCCGGAGGCAUGGCAUUCUGAUGCUAUCUCUCCUACCGAUGGUACUUCGAUCAUUCCAGCAUUUACUCGCUCGAAAGUUUAUCAUUCACCGAGAUUGUGGUAUGUUCGUGUCAAUGUUGUUGAAGCUCACGACUUGAUUGUACAAGAUAAGUCUCGUUUUCCUGAUCCAUAUGUGAAGGUACAAAUUGGCAGCCAAUUUCUAAGAACAAAAACAGUGAAAACUCAAACAAUGAAUGCCUUGUGGAAUGAAGAUCUGAUGUUUGUUGCUGCUGAGCCUUUCGAAGACCAUUUGAUCCUUUCUGUUGAAGACCAUAUUGGUCCCAACAAGGCUGAAACUCUAGGUAUGGCUGUUAUUCCACUGAAUUCUAUUGAAAAGCGUGUUGAUCAUCGAACUAUCCGCAGCCGAUGGUACAACCUUAUGAAGUCUAUGUCAGAUGCUGUGGAAGCAGGGGAGGCAAAUAAAGAGAAGGAUAAGGAAAAGGCCAAGUUCCAUAGUAGACUCCAUCUUCGCAUUUGCCUCGAGGGUGGAUAUCAUGUGCUCGACGAGUCGACUCACUGUAGUAGUGACCUCAGACCCUCAUGGAAGCAACUUUGGAAGCCAGCAAUUGGUAUAUUGGAGCUUGGCAUCCUGGGUGCUGAUAAGCUUCAUCCAAUGAAAAAUAGGAAUGGAAAGGGUACAACUGAUUCAUUUUGUGUGGCGAAGUAUGGUCAGAAAUGGGUUCGAACUCGAACAAUAAUCGACAACUUAAGUCCAAAGUUCAAUGAGCAGUACCACUGGGAGGUUUAUGAUCCUUCCACAGUCCUAACCGUUGGUCUUUUUGACAAUGGCCAUACUGGUGAAUCCAACAGUAACAGGGACACAAAAAUCGGGAAGAUUCGGAUCCGUAUUUCGACUCUCGAAACUGGUCGCAUAUAUACACAUGUAUAUCCAUUGCUUGUCCUUCACCCUUCUGGUGUCAAGAAGAUGGGUGAGCUGCACCUUGCCCUGCGGUUCUUGUGCCCAUCGCUUAUGAAUUUGAUGCUCACGUAUUCAAAGCCCCUAUUGCCAAAAAUGCAUUACAUUAGGCCCUUAUCUGUGUCUCAACAGGAGUCACUCCGACUUCAGGCCGUCAACAUCGUAGCUGCUCGGUUUAGCCGGGCUGAGCCUGCUCUUAGGAAGGAGGUAGUUGAGUACAUGUCUGAUGCAAAUUCUCAUCUUUGGAGCAUGAGACGUAGCAAGGCCAACUUCUUCAGGAUUGUAUCGGUUUUUUCGGGAUUAAUAGCAGUGGGAAAAUGGUUCGGAGAAGUGUGCUUGUGGAAAAACCGAAUCACUACAGUGCUGGUUCAUCUUCUCUUUUUGAUGCUAGUUUGUUUUCCUGAGCUGAUCCUUCCCACAAUUUUCCUCUACAUGUGUGUUAUAGGAAUUUGGAACUGGCGUUACCGCCCUCGGAACCCUCCACAUAUGGACACCAAACUCUCUUAUGCAGACACAGUGCACCCCGAUGAGCUUGACGAAGAAUUCGACUCGUUUCCGACGAAUCGUAGUCCAGACAUCAUUCGAAUGAGGUACGAUCGGAUGAGAUCUAUAGCAGGAAAGAUCCAAAGCGUGGUUGGGGAUGUGGCUACUCAAGGAGAACGAAUUCAAGCACUGUUAAACUGGCGAGAUCCUCGUGCAACAGCCAUAUACAUAAUUUUUUGCUUCAUUGCUGCUCUUGUGGUGUACGUAACGCCCUUCCAGAUGCUGUCCCUUCUCACUGGUUUCUACGUUAUGAGGCAUCCUAGAUUCAGGAAUAGAACGCCAUCAGUGCCUAUGAACUUCUUCCGCAGGCUGCCUGCUAGGACUGAUAGUAUGUUAUGAAUUUGAACUGCUUGGCUUCUCUGCCAAGAUCACAAGAUUUUCUAGAAAUGCUUGUUCAUGGUGAAACUUGUAAAUCUUUUUGUUAUCUUCUUCAUUUGGCAUGUAUUUGUGAAGGAAGUACUGUUAAUGUAAUCCUACAUUAUGUAUGAAGUUCAUACCCGUAAA